AUGAGCAAGACCAUCAAGUUCAACGCCGGAAAGGUUCAGUACGACGAAGAAACCAAAAAGUGUACUCCAUUGCCUCACAAGGGCCAGGUUGUCAUCAAGCCGCUGGCGGAAGAAGAGGACUUCUUCAGUUUCCAGUGGUCGCCAAAGGGCAGCCUGGGCAAUGUCGAAAGAGAUGAGCUUCUUAUUAUUCCUGGCGAUGUCACCUUCAAGCAUGUCAAGCUGUGUAAAUCUGGCCGUGUGUUUGCAUUGACGUUUUUGAGUUCUGGUGCCAAAAACUUAUACUGGCUUCAGGACAUUGGCGACGACGAGCAGUUGGACCAGUUGACCGAGAAGGACAAGGAGUUGUUGUCAUCCGUACAGUCACUAGUGGCUUUGGAAGAUAUUAACGCCAGGGAUGAACCAGAGCCUGAAGAAGAGACGGUAGUGGAGCAGCAGCAGCAGCAGCAGCCUCGUGGAAGAAGCAACACACACGUUCCAAUCACAGCAAUCGAUGAUGUGCUUACUUUGGACGUCAUCGAGAAGCAUCUAUCACUGUUGCUGGAGAAAGAACUAGAGGAGAAGUACGGAGACUUGUUACCAGAAGGAGUGAAGCCCACGAAAGAGGAGAUUGCCUUGGUGGUCAGAAAUGGCUUUUUCCAACAAGCCAACAAGGAGUUGAGCAGUACUAUAUUGAACAACGGUGUUGGCCAGAUAUUAGCCAGCAGCUUAGGCUAUGAGUACCAAGGAGAGGGCAUUGAUGCAUUCCUCGAGGGUCUUCGGAAAUCCAAAUAA